GACACAGUGAAAGGAAAAGACUAUACUCUCCUGUGCCAGCGUUGAUUCACUCACUGCACCGGAGGAAGUUGUGUAAUCUGCCACUUUCAUCUGAGAGGGUUAUUUCAGCUCCUGGUGGUCUUGACUCGCACUUGGAAGCCCCUGCCCUGCUGUGUCCAGGAUGGCAGGGUGUGCCAGGCGCUGCAAACAGGGACUUGUCAAGUUUGCCUUGACCCUCCACAAAUUGGUUACCGGGAGUCUCAUAAAAGAUAAAGUAGAUGAUGACUUUGAGAUGACCAUCGUGUGCCAUCGUCCGGAGGGCCUCGACCAGCUGGAAGCUCAAACCAACUUCAGUAAAAGAGAACUCCAGGUGCUCUACAGGGGCUUCAAAAAUGAGUGUCCAAGUGGUGUUGUAAAUGAGGAUACGUUCAAGCAAAUAUACUCCCAGUUCUUCCCACAUGGAGAUGCCAGCACCUAUGCGCACUACCUGUUCAAUGCGUUUGACGCAGGACACACGGGAUCCAUAAAGUUCGAGGAUUUUGUGACAGCGCUGUCCAUCCUGCUGAGGGGUUCCAUCACCGAGAAGCUGCAGUGGACCUUUAACCUGUACGACAUCAACAGAGACGGAUACAUCAACAAGGAGGAGAUGACGGACAUCGUCAGAGCAAUAUAUGACAUGAUGGGGAAAUAUACUUAUCCUGUCUUGAAAACCGAUGCUCCCAAACAGCAUGUGGACGCCUUCUUUCAGAAAAUGGACAAAAACAGAGAUGGUGUCGUUACUCUUGAUGAAUUCAUCCUUUCUUGCCAAGAGGAUGAAAACAUCAUGAGGUCCCUACAGCUCUUCGAAAAUGUCAUCUAGACUAUAAACAUGAGAGAGAUGGAGCCACUGAUGAAAGCACAGCAGGAAGGGAGAGGAAUGAAGAAAGAUGAGAAGGAGAACAAGAGAUGAGAAGAAUCUGAGGGGAAAAAAUGGAAAAGCUAGUCAUGUGAGGGAAGAAAGACAAGGAAUUUUAACUGCCACACUGGGUUUGACAUUUUGCAACACAACUGUUUGGAUAGCGUCUUGCUUGAGAAAUGUAUGUUGAAAAAGCCCUCACUGGUUUCAGAAAAUGUCCUUUAGGCUUCAUUUAAUCUUUUCGUGACUGUCUACCUCGUCUCCAUCUCCUUUGUUUGUUGAAGUUGUGAAGGUCGUUGCCGUCCAGGACCAUGAGUACUUCAUGCCACAUGUGUAAAUAUACUCCCUCUUCUCAGUUUAGGCCUGGUGUUUUACGGUAACUGUUAUCAGGCAGGAUUGAAACUUCCAAAAGCAGCUUACAGGUGAAACAGCACUGUUUUCUCAUUCGUGACUUAAAUGAUAGCUGGUUUCAUCACAAAUAUGAGUGUCAAUAGCUACAACAAACAUAGGCAAUAUUGUGAAGCAUGCAGGACAGCAGCCCACAGCAUAUUCAAAGCCAUUUAUAUGCCAAACUUGGUCACAGUAUACUCUUGUUAAAUGCUUGAAUUGGAGAAUCCAGGUCUGUGUGCAGCAUCUCACCUGUUUCAGAUUCAACUCAAGCCUGUGGAUUUGCAGCACUGAGCUCUGACAACUAGUGUGUACAUGUUUCGUCGAAAUGUUUGAAUGUUCUAACCAUUCGGCUGUAGAUAAUACUGUUUUUGUGGCUUCUUCUUUUGUGUCUGUCUGUUUAUGGUUCUGAUACCUGUCGGUCCUUCUGUCUGCCUGACACUGUUCAAUUAAGAGCCCCUUUACUGGCCUGCAGAUAUACAGUAAGGCACAAUGAUGGAAUUUGCAUGUGUUUGUGUGUGUGUGUGUUUGUCCUCAUGUAAAGAUCCACGCCUCAAAAUAUAUUUUUUGGGCAUGCAGUUUCGUCUCGUUGGGCACAGUGAGUCAAUGUGGAGUGACAGUGUUUUUGCUGGAGAAGAGAGUUUCGUCUUCAGCUCUGUCUGCUUAGAAAUGUUGACUGAGAGCAACCGACGUUUCACUGUGAAAGAAUAUGCAGGGAGGAAGACAAAGAUCGGACAACAGCAAAGGAGAUGGGACCUAAUCACUGACUGGAGGGACGGAAGCCAUGAUUCAACAAGAGCCAUUGUUCUGAAGAUAAUAAAUAAUUUUGCUUUCUCUCACUGUGCUACCAAUAAUGCCAUGAAAAUAUGUUGCGGCUUUUCUUAAAUGUACCCAGACAAGAAUGACAGACAGAAAGGCAGACUGAUAGUCAGGCAUACAGACAGACACAGAAUGAAAAUUAUGUGUGUAUUGAAAUAUUGUAUAAAGUCAUUAUAUUUAUCAAUAAAC